AGGCCCCCAACCCCGAGAAACUUGAAAGAAGGAAAGAAAGAAAAGAAACCCAGAAAAAUAAUAUAAAAAAUAAGAAAAAAAAGAGAGAGCGAGAGAGAGGAAGAGAAAACACCCCCCGAGUCCACAGUCGAAACAAAACAAAAACCCAAAAACCCUCUUUUUUCUCUUUCUAUCUAUCUCUGUUUCGUUAUCGAGUGAGCCGAUGAGCUGAGCGAGAGAGAGGGAGCGCUGCUACUUGCCUUGUCAAUAAGAACUACGAAUUCGUCAGGAAUGGCGCAGAAGCUGGAACAGCAGCUCAAGGAGGUGGGAUCCAAGCUGGAGUCUCCCCCCUCCACCAAGGACGCUCUUCUCAAGCUCUUAAAGCAAGCUGCUACAUGUCUUUCUGAGCUUGAUCAGUCUCCACCAUCAUCAAUAAUGGAAUCAAUGCAGCCUCUUCUUAAUGCAAUUGUCAAGCCAGAAUUGCUGAAGCAUCAGGAUAGGGAUGCCAAACUUCUAGUUGCAACCUGUAUUUGUGAGAUAACUCGGAUUACUGCACCUGAAGCGCCUUAUAGCGAUGAUGUUCUAAAGGAUAUUUUUCACUUAAUUGUUGGCACUUUUCAUGGAUUGAGCGAUACUAGUGGUCCAUCAUUUGGAAGGAGAGUUGUCAUUUUGGAGACUCUUGCAAAAUAUAGAUCAUGUGUUGUGAUGUUGGAUCUUGAAUGUGAUGAUCUCGUGAAUGAAAUGUUCAGUACAUUUUUUGCUGUUGUCAGGGAUGAUCAUCCGGAAAGUGUUCUAUCAUCAAUGCAAACAAUCAUGAUUGUUGUGUUAGAAGAGAGUGAAGAUAUUCGAGAUGAUCUUUUACUUAUUAUAUUAUCUGCAUUAGGUCGUAAUAAAAGUGAUGUUACUCCAGCUGCAAGGAGACUUGCUAUGAAUGUCAUGGAGCAGUGUUCAGGAAAACUUGAAGCUGGCAUAAAACAGUUUCUUGUAUCAUUGAUGUCAGGAGAUAAUCAGUCAGUAAACAGUGAAAUUGACUACCAUGAAGUUAUCUAUGAUGUUUAUUGUUGUGCUCCUCAGAUACUAUCAGGAGUUGUCCCAUACCUCACAGGAGAGCUGUUGACUGAUCAAUUAGACACUCGUUUGAGAGCUGUGAGAUUGGUUGGGGACCUCUUUGCUCUGCCAGGCUCUACCAUCUCUGAAGCAUUUCAGCCAAUAUUUUCAGAGUUUUUGAAAAGGUUGACUGAUAGGGUUGUUAGUGUUCGAAUGUCUGUCCUUGAACAUGUUAAGAGCUGUCUGUUGUCGUAUUCUUCCAGAUCCGAGGCUCCUGAAAUUAUCUCUGCUCUCUGUGACCGGCUGUUAGACUAUGAUGAAAAUGUUCGAAAGCAAGUUGUGGCUGUGAUUUGUGAUGUUGCUUGUCAUUCACUUGUUUCCAUUCCUGUUGAGACUGUAAAACUAGUUGCAGAGCGUCUUCGAGACAAAUCUAAGCUUGUUAAGAAAUAUACUAUGGAAAGACUGGCAGAGAUAUUCAGAGUUUAUUGUGCUAGCCGCUCUGAUGGCUCAAUUAAUCCUGAUGAAUUUGAUUGGAUACCGGGGAAGAUUUUGAGGUGUUUUUAUGACAAAGAUUUUAGGUCAGAAACAAUUGAAUCUGUUUUAUGUGGGUUCCUCUUUCCGACUGAGUUCUCAAUCAGAGAUAAAGUUAAAUGUUGGAUAAGAGUUUUCUCAGGGUUUGACAAAAUUGAGGUGAAGGCACUUGAGAGGAUGCUGGAGCAGAAGCAAAGGUUACAGCAAGAGAUGCAGAAGUAUCUCUCUCUCAGGCAGAUGCAUCAGGAUAGUGAUGCUCCUGAAAUACAAAAGAAAGUUUUAUUUGGCUUCCGAAUCAUGUCCCGCCCUUUUUCUGAUCCUGUGAAGGCUGAAGAGUGUUUUCAGAUUCUUGAUCAGUUGAAAGAUGCUAACAUCUGGAAGAUUUUAAUGAAUCUUCUGGAUCCAAAUACCAGCUUCCAUCAAGCUUCUAGUGGUCGGGAUGAUUUGCUUAAAAUACUUGGUGAGAAGCAUCGGCUCUAUGAUUUUCUGAGUACUCUCUCUUUGAAGUGUUCUUAUCUACUUUUUAACAAGGAGCAUGUGAAAGAAAUCCUUCUGGAGGCUGCUGUACAGAAGUCUACUGAAAAUACACAAUACACACAAUCUUGCAUGAAUUUACUUGUGAUUUUUGCUCGCUUCAGUCCGUUGCUGCUGGGUGGAGCUGAAGAAGAACUGGUUAAUUUUCUGAAAGACGACAAUGACAUAAUAAUAGAAGGCAUUUUGCAUGUUUUAGCUAAGGCUGGUGGUACCAUCCGAGAACAACUUGCGGUGUCAUCAAGUUCAAUCGACCUUAUAUUGGAGAGGCUUUGUUUAGAAGGUAGUCGAAGACAAGCCAAGUAUGCUGUGCAUGCACUAGCAGCAAUAACUAAGGAUGAUGGGCUCAAGUCCCUCUCGGUUCUGUAUAAGAGGCUUGUAGACAUGCUUGAGGAAAAGAUGCAUUUGCCUGCUGUACUACAAUCUUUGGGUUGUAUAGCUCAGACUGCAAUGCCUGUUUUUGAAACUAGAGAGAGUGAAAUUGAAGAAUUUAUUCAGAGCAAAAUUUUGAGAUGCAGUAAUAAAGCAGAUGGCAGUGCAAAAGAAUGUUGGGAUGACAAAAGCGAAAUUUGUCUGUUGAAGGUAUUUGGGAUAAAAACAUUGGUCAAAAGUUACUUGCCUGUUAAAGAUGCUCAUCUUCGUCCCGGUAUCGAUGACCUUCUAGUACUCCUUAGAAACAUACUUUCUUUUGGUGAAAUAUCAGAAGAUAUAGAAUCAAGUUCAGUUGAUAAGGCCCAUUUAAGGCUUGCUGCAGCCAAGGCAGUUCUUCGUUUGUCGCGGACCUGGGAUCAUAAGAUCCCUCUUGAUGUUUUCCACCUAACUUUGAGGACCCCAGAGAUCUCUUUCCCACAGGCUAGGAAACUAUUCCUCGGCAAAGUUCAUCAGUAUAUAAAGGAUCGGCUCUUGGAUGCAAAAUAUGCUUGUGCUUUCUUAUUUAGCAUCACUGGAUCAAAACUGCUUGAGUGUGAUGAGGAAAAACAAAAUUUAGCCGAUAUCUUUCAAAUGUGUCAGCAGGCAAAAGCACGGCAGGUUGCUAUACAGGCUGAUACAAAUUCCUCGACUACAUAUCCCGAGUACAUCCUGCCUUAUUUGGUCCAUGCUCUUGCUUAUCAUUCAUGUCCCAACACAGAUGAAUGCAAGGAUGUCAAAGCAUUUGAAUUAAUAUAUCGGCAGUUGUACAUGACUAUUUCUAUGUUGGUGAAUAAAGAUGAAGAUACCAAGUCAGAAGCUGGCACAAACAAGGAGAAGGAGAGUAUUUCUAUGAUAUUCUCUAUCUUUCAGAGUAUCAAGCGCUCUGAAGACCUUCUUGAUGCAACAAAAUCAAAGAAUUCGCAUGCUAUUUGUGACCUUGGACUUUCCAUCAUGAAGCGCCUAGCUUAUAAGGAGGAGGAUUUACAGGGGCUUAUACAGCCAAUCUCUCUGCCCCCACUUCUGUAUAAACCAUAUGAAAAGAAAGAAGGUGAAGAUUCCCAGGCUGGUGAAGGGCAAACAUGGUUAGCUGAUGAGAAUGUCCUGUCUCACUUUGAAUCCCUUAAGUUGGAAUGUGAUGGAACAGUUCAUAUGGAGAUUGCUGAGGAUGAGUCUCUCAAAGACAGUGAAAUAGAUGGAAAUGAAGUGCCACUCAGAAAAAUGAUUAAGCGAUUAAAAUCUAAAGGAGCCAAGGAUGGAAAGGCAAAAAAGAACAAAUCUCCCUCAGCAGAAGCAAAAGAUGCUGAAAAUGAUGUUGAUAUUUUGAAAAUGGUAAGGGAAAUAAAUUUGGAUAGUCUAGUGAUGCCCAGUAAGUUCGAAUCAAGCAAUGGUCAUAAACAUUUUCCUACCAAGAAAGCAAAAUUGGAGCAGGAGCAUCAGAAAGGUAAAAAGAGAAAAAUCACUGGUGCAGAUUCUGUGCCAGUGCCUAAACGAAGGAGGUCAUCGUCUGCUCAUGGUCCUUUCAAAAUUUCAAGAAGUGCUUCUACAGUCCCUUUGAGAGAUUCAGGAGAUGACUGGCAUCAAGUUAAAGAUUCCUCAUUUCAAUCUACUGAAAUGAACAUAGAUGAACUCCAUGAUUCAAAAGAUAAAAUGCCUCCACACCAAAAAUUGAAUGAGAACACUGAAUCGGACUAUUUGGUAUCAUGCAUUCGGAGGAAAAGAAGCGUCUCAUCAAAAGGUAAAGGUAAAGGCUCUGAUUGGGUUCAUAGUGAUGAGGGAAAUGAAGACGGAGCUGAUGAUGAAAAUAUGGAGAAAUUGGACACCACCAUUGGUAUUAAGUCUGUGGCGGGAUCUAGCAAGAAACAGAAGAGGAGGAGCAUUUCAGGAUUAGCAAAGGGCUCAACAAAGGAAGGUGGAAUUGAUAUUGCAGACUUGAUUGGUCACAGAAUAAAAGUAUGGUGGCCCAUGGAUAAGCAGUUUUAUGAAGGCACGGUUAAGUCUUAUGACCCUUUAAAACGGAAGCAUGUGGUAUUGUACGAUGAUGGAGACGUGGAAGUACUCCGUCUGGAAAGAGAGCGCUGGGAGCUCAUUGACACUGGCCGCAAGUCUGGAAAGAAGGCAAAUUCAGUGAAAGGCAGCAAGGUUGCUCAGAAGGAAUUGUCUCCUGGGCAGAAAAGUAAGAGCUUAGGUGGUUCACGUCAGAAUAAGAGUUCGUUAAAGAUAGUUAAAGGGAAAAGAACUCCAAAGAAAAACUUGAAGCACUCUUUAAGAGGUGCAUUGAAUACUAACUUCACUAAACCUGACGCUGAAGAGAAGACUGAUGUAUCAAAAUCUAAACCCACUGCUGCGAAUAAAAUUCAUAAGAUGAACUCAGGUGAUUCUGAAGGAGCACACACUGAAAUGGUAGAUGAGAACGUGACAGAUAGGGAAGAAUCCGAGAAGGAAGUGGCUUCAGUUUCCCAGGUGAGAUGUUCAGAAGAUACAAAGGGAAGCCCAAAUCAAGCUGAGCAGUCUGAUGAAGUAAAAUCUGAUGCUGAUGGGAAUCUUUCUGAAGAUGUGGAUAGUAUUUCAGGAAAUGCUCAAAAAGGGGAAGGGGAAGAGAAAUCUCGUUCAGAAGAGAAAGUAGCUGGUGAUUCUAGUGAAAACUCGAGAGAGGAUGCUAGUAAAGCAACUGAUACGAAACCCAAAGAGACUCAAGAAAGUGAUAAUAGUGAGAGUAAAUCUCCAAUUCUGAAGAAAUUCCAGAAAGGAUCUUUGAUGCGGUCAGAUACUGUGGAUUCUGGGAUUUCUGACGAUGAGCCCCUUAGCAAGUGGAAGCGUAAAGCUGGGAAAUCAGGUUCAAAGCGAGUGCAGUAGGAAGCUGAACACCUCAAUAGCAGCCUCCACUAUAAAACUGGGAAACAAGAGGUGGUGUGUGAGAUCAAGUCGGCUGCUGGGAAAGAAGCUAACAGAUUGCAGAAGAUAAGGGA